AUGCCCUCAUGUUGCUCUCCCCCACCUCUACUACUUUCCCCCACCCCUACUGCUUUAGCUCCGCCCACUUCGUCAGGGACCUGCACUUCUUUACUCGCAACAGUCACUUCGCAUCCAGCUCUUCACCAGUCAACUCAACCUCUCUCGUUUACUUUGCACAAGAUGGCCAACCAACAACAACGACAACAACAACAGUGGAAAAGCGAUAUUGAAGACUCUGACCUACACCAAGCAUGCAUCGAGGAGGCCUCCGCUAUGCUACUGGACUCGUCAGACACCCACUCUGUAUCCAGCACAUCGUUCAUAUCUGCAGUGUCGUCACAGGAGGAUCUUGCUCUAGUCAAUCUACACAUGCAAGUCAACAAACCCAUCGUGGAGUCACCACUGCUGAUGUCGAGCUACGUCAAUCAUCUGUCCCAGGUCAAUUGCACCAACUGGGCUCAGUCCUCCCUACCACAGGGUUCAGAUGCGUUCACUGUCCCUCUGUUCCAAAGGACCAAUGAAGGAAGACUUGUCUACAUUGGGAGCAAGUACACCCCAAGGUUUGAGACGUUGGUGGAAGGUUUCACAUCCCUCAAGAUGGUUGGGAGAGAGAAAGAAACAGCGUCUCCAGCUCCCCCCUCUACCAAGACACCGACCCACCCUUACAACUGGGAACAGGUCGACCUCAUAUGCAAUGAUACCGAUGAGGCUCUAGAAGCAGGUGUGCAAGAAGAACUGCUAUCCCUGCGCAAUGAGAGUGGCACAAGAACUACUCUGGUUGUCAAAAUGAAAGGAGACAUUGACAUCAUGGUUAGUCCAUUGGUGCUAGAAUCUCUUCAGAGGUUUGUAGAUGUACUGACUUCAACUCUCACGUCCCUACAUACACUGAGCGUUUUGAACCAUCUCCACCUCAACUGUGUCUCGCGGGUCGAGGCUGCCAACGUGUUGAAGCGUGACCAGUACCUCAGUCAGCUGACUGGUGGAGGUAGUAAACGCAGCACUGCAGAGCGGACGAAGUCUGCGGACGCAGCACAGCCUCUCAACAUUUACGAGGAGUGUAUAGCUACGCAGGUCCAGGGCACUGUGAUACUGCCUAAGAUCAACUUUGCCCUACUACAGGCCAGUGUGGUGGAGGAAGUGAUAUCAUUCUCAGCUCUAGACAAUCUGCGAGACUUGACCUGUGUAUCUCUACUGGCUGUGUCUGUGGAGGGAGUUACUGCGAGGUUCCACUGCGGAAAACAGGCGAGGGAGGUGGUGCAGACGUUCCAUAGACCUACAGUGUUGCCCAGUGGUCAGAAAAAAGGCUUGUUUGCCCGCGGAGGCAAGGCGUUCCUUCUCGGUCAUCAGACGGCGGCUGUCACUGAUGUGGUUACUGGAGAACCUGUGUACAUUGAGACAUCCGAGAAACAGCAGGAGGAGAGUGUACUGAUGCUGAGAAUCAACAAGAUCCACACACAGUUGCGUCGUCUGCGGAACGAGAGCACUAUUCUGAAAGACGCAGUGAUCACUGCUAUCCCGAGUCAUUGUUCUCGUGUGAUGUUCACAACUUGCACUCAGGUCAACACGCCUCCGCAGUCACGCAUCGUUGCUGCGGACAAUUCAGACAACAACACGCACAACAGUGAUGAACCUUCCCUAGUCAGCCUUCCCGAAGACAAGUUAGGCUUCAUCAUGUUCGAGUGUGGUCUUGAAGGUGUUUCAUUCAAGGUCGUGAAGAGGUCAAAGUUUGACAAAGAGGAGGAUGAAGUGAAACCUCUUCCCGGGGAGAAUGAGACAAACUACACUGACUCCGUGAGAUCCAAGGAGGAGAUAGAAGUGACUGUGGUUAAUGAGACUGGCAAGUCUACCUCGGUCAAGGCAGACGACAAAGCCACUUCUCAUCAAGACACUCCAAGCAAUGCUCCAACCAAUGGAACAGACGCCAAUCAACCUGAAGCAUCUUCAGACCCUGCUGCAAGCGCUUCCCAGACCAACAUUGUUGCUCUCAGGGGGAAAGAUGGAAACGCAUCUUCUUGUGUUAUUGAAGUGAAACAAGUUUGGUUUAACUUUGCUGCCCCUCCUCGAGCACCCAUCACCCGAAAAAUAGACUACACAAGGCUUGACUGGAACCUUCUGAGUACUGCUUCUCCGGCCAUCAACGCAUGGAUGAACCCCAGCAACAGGUUUGCCAUCAGAGUAGUACACAUGUUGCGAUGUCACUACCGUCGCAGUACUGCCAUCGUCACUUGUCUGAUGUCCGAGGCACUGGACAUACAAGGGAUACAUAUGCCUGUUAAGAGUCGCUACGGCAGGUUCACUCCGCUCUCCAAGACGUUACAAGAAGACCCGUCGUGUCAGCUGUGUACAGUGCUACAGAAGUAUCUGUUGCAGACGACGUCAAACAUUGAGAAUAACCUGAGAGAACCUGACCUGCCUCAUCUGUCCACACUGAGACAGGGAGUUAUUGUCUUAAGUCGUCAAUGGAAGAACAUUCUCUAUACCCCUCUACUGCUAGAACACAACUUCAAGACUAAAAACCUACUUAGGAAACCGAUGAAUGUCACUUUUGCCAUCCCGGAUCCGGACGAGGAGAAUGUGCUAACGGACGGUGAUGGCGAAGGGGAGGGGGAAGGUAGCGGUGAGGAGUGUGAAGUCACUGAUGAGUGCGCCAUGCUGCUUAACUCCGAUGGAGGUUCCACAUUGCACAAAGUCCUCAAAGCCACGGCAGCCGCACACAAACACGCUGUGUCCCCAGCUGCCCCCGCCAGGCCUAUGCCCCCCGCUGUGAUGCCUGGGGCUGCUGUCGGAGGUCCCGCUGCACCUUCCCCCCACCACCUCACACCCAUGGACAGCCUGGUGUUCAGCUCUCCAACGUCACCCAACUCUGUACAACAGCCGGUGGGUCGUAAGAAGUCUCUGUUACCUUCUCAUCCGCCGUCCUCCUCCAGAGCCAGUAUAGUGUUUCCGCUGCUGAACAACACAAAUCCGUUUCUACCACAUCAACAUCGGCGUACGGACAGUCACGGGGGCGACAAGAAUAUGGUUUUCAACACCGGAUACUCAGCUCUGAAGGAGGACUACAAGUCUCACUCUUCCCACCCGAGCUUAUCCGGCUUGAACAUGGGUGCCCCGGACAGUCAACCCUCCAACUCCAGCCUGGACCAGAAUCUGUCUCCGGGUGUCCCGAAAGAUGGAGAGGAUCUCUACACAUGGAUGGCAAAACAUCAGGACUUUGUUGACACUGGUGACAAGAUCGAGCCCGGAGUCAUCAACAAGGGCGCUUUCUGGGGUGAGCCCAAGAUGGAGAACGGCCGUGUGGGAGUGAGUGUGGCAAACGCCUCGUCCAUGGUCAACCCAGACUAUCUACUAUUGGCCGCAGCAGGCUACAGUCUCUACCCGAUGCAUGACAACCUGCGGCUGCUCGACGCUCACCUCAUCUUUGAACCUCUGUUGUCCAGCCUUGGGGUGAUGCCUCAGCAGAUGCUCAGCAGCGCCAUAAGCGGCAACAACUCGCUGGACUCGUGGGGAUCAAACCUGUCCCUCGUGGGAGGUAUGGAGGCUAUGAGGAUUGACAUUGUGGUCAGUGAGUUUGGCAAACCCCAGGACAAGAGAGGCAGACCCGGGAACAAACCCGGAUCAGCUCAGGGCAAGAACAAGCCUCAAGACAAGUUCUGGCUGGAGAUCCCACCUGAGACUCCAGCUUUCCUGUGCGAGCGAGUAGGGGUUGAACUGGAGCUCUGCAGACUGGCAGACAUGACCAUCGUAGAGGACCUGAGUAGACAACGCCGCAACAUGUUGUAUGUGAGCCGUGGACAACUCAAGAAACACUCCAACACUGCGCUCAACGUCAGCGUGUCAGUACGUUACAUCUCCCAACAGGUAAACAUGCCCCUGCUACGACUGCUGCACCAGAUCAGCAACAUGUACCAGAAUGUGAAAGAGACCCAAUCAGAGCUGAGAGAGCAGCAGCCCGACAACAAAGUUGUGGCUAAGACUCCCCCAGCUGUGGUAUCUGCCCUAGAUGGUCCAGAGAUGUCCAUACCUCUGAUGACCACCGUGCCUGACCUAGACAAAGGUCGUCUGCCGUUCCCCCACUCACCCAGCGAGACCAAACCUAUCACGUCACCUGCGUCGUCUGUCAGGUCUCGUCACACGUCGUUUGCUGAACGGCUCCGGUCCACUGGCAGGAGCGUUAGAGGAUACCUGAACCUGGGGGAGUCUGCCCCACUGGCUGCUCCAGGACUAGCAGUCAACAAGGAGGAAAGUGUCACUCCUAGGUGUUGGAAAACUGUGUACUACCUGCUGGACUUGUACGCCACCAUGCCCGAGACCAAGACAAUAGCACACAGUCGGUUCUCCGUCGGAGGUGAUGUGUCCGAAGGCUACAAAGGCAACAGGAAGUACGACAUUCUGCCGGAGAUCAAGUCCAAUGAUGACGUGGAAAGGGGGGAACAUCCAGUAGCUUCUACACCGAUCCCUCCACCCAACAUCAACAACAGCAACCAGCGAGAGAUCAGCCUGGCAGGUGAGCGGACACGUCUGGUUGUGCUGGCCGUAGCUAAGAUACAUCGCACCAGACUGUUGGCGACACUGAGUGGACUCAAGCUGGAAGCUGAGAUCACCAAUCUACACUCCUCACUCACUGUACGCAAGAAGACUCGUCCAGCCAGUCUGGAGUGUUCGCUGACAGGGCAUGUAGGGAGGACCAUGGUAGUGCUGCUGGAGGGAGUCGCACCUAACCAACAGACGGUAGUGAAGGUGACGGUGGGCAAGUCUCAAGCACUCUACUCCAGUGUGACUCGCCGAGGUAGAGACAAGAACUCCGGUCUGUUGACCAUCGGAGCCGUGGCCGUGGACAUCCCUCAACACCCAGUGGCUCUGCAUGGCAUGAUGACCAGAGGCAGCAAACAGCUGUCUUCCACACUACAGGAGCUGCGUGUGACGAGAGCGUCUAGCCGGAUGUCCAGAGGUACGACGGUGGACGAGGUUGAUUCUGCCCCACAACAUUCUCCAGGGCAUUCUCACACUGUGAUGCCAGAGACUCACAGACAUCACCUGACAGAGCCCAACAUGCUGUUACAGCCGUUGGUCAUGCAGUUCAGCGUCGUACUGCAGAGUCUAAGCAUCACUGCUGCUCUACUGCCAUCACUACAAGCGCAGUACAAGAUGGACCAAGUCACCAGUACAGGUGUCACUGGUAGCAAGGCCAAGUUUAUCAUAGAUCUGCCGCAUCACUCUCUGUCGUUCUCUACUAAAGUGACAGAAGCCAAUCUACCCUCAGAAGCCAGUAUAGAAUUGCCCAAGGUCCAUGUUUCAGCGGAGUACGUACUGGACGGAGUACAACCUGCAGAAGGGCCGUUCUUUGGACAAGAUGGUGUAGUGUUAAGACAUGGUAACUACAUCAGCGCAGUGGCCGACAUUGGAACUUUUGAACAUUCUUUGACCACGGAUCUGCUCAACCAUCUGGUAUUUGUGCAGAAAGUCUUCAUGAAGGAAGUGAACGAGGUGGUACAGAAGGUGUAUGGAGGGGAGAAACCAGUUCCGUUGUGGUUUGAAGAUUCGGACGAUUCCUCCAACUCAUCUACGGUGAAACAGAUACUGUUUACGUUAGUCAUCAGGAUUAAGAGGAUUCAGCUGACUGCUACGACACCGACCAACUGCGCCGUCCGACUAGAGACUGGCGCAGUCGACUUCCAACUGUCCAACAGAGUACAGAAUGUGUCCGGCGCAGCGCAGCCCAACGCUGCACUGAAGAUAUUCGGCAAAGCUCAGGUCGAUGUGAACCUGAGUUUGGGUCAGCUGAUCAAGAAUGUUCUCUUUGAGGAGGCCGAACCUGAGUUUCAACAGUUUGCCUUCUUCAAGACUAGAAUCGGCCUUCGUAAUGCGUUCCAAGGGGAGAUGGUGGGUCCAGGCAGUGAUGAUAAAGAGGUCGUACUGAUCACACUCAAGCGGCCGCUGAUCUACAUACAACCGAUGGCUGUGGACAAGGCGAUCCUGGUGUGGCUCAACUAUAAGAACGCCUACGAGUACUGGGCCGAACAGAGGUCUAGUUUGAACAAAGAAGUGCUCACUGCCACCCAGCAGGUGUUUGAAAAGAUGCCAUUUGAGAAACUGAGCACUCCCCAUCUGGGGACUUUGUUUCUUCAACUCACCGUAGAAGACAUGGGAAUCUGUGUUCCUCUCAACCCGUUGCCACCGCCCACGUGGGGUGUCGGUCGUCAGCUGUUCAUGGAGAACGAGUCUUGUGCUGCUGUAGUGGUAACACUGGAGUCCACCAGUAUCUCGGCCUGCAGCUCCGGCUCGCUGGUCAGCAAGGGCAGGUUCGUAGGAUUGUGUCUGCGGUUCGCCGACGACUUUGAGACGUCCCUGGACGACUGGAAGCCCAACACCUCCGAGGCCGCAAUGAACCUGUGUGUGGUGUCGGAGGGAACAUACGAGGUGUGCAGCAGGACCAUAGCGGCUCAGAAGAUGGAUAUUGAGAACGCCAAGUGGUUUCUGAACGUCCAGUGGGCUAUGGAAGGAGUAGAUAUCCAUCUUGACGUCAACAUUGGCAAGCAGUUGUCAGCCCUGGGCCAUACUCUGACUACACUCACCUCCGUGCAGGAGGACGAUGCUGCCAACCCGAGCUACGACAGCGACGACGCAGACACUAACGACAAUGCCGACAACAGUCAGGAAAGCAUUCUUUUGCGAAGAGGUAAGCACUUCACAUGCGACAGUCUCCCAGCGUUUGCCUUGGAUCCUUCGCUGGACUCUAAGAGCCGAUCCAAACUGAUUGAAAAGGAAAUGUACGAACAAGCGAAAAUCAUCAACGACUUACGAGCCCUCGGUGCUUCACACGGCACCAUUGAAUCCGAAAUGAAACGAUUACGUGAACUGGAGGCUAUGGUUUUCAAGGAUUUCAGGAGGGACAUGAUUCAAAAGCUUCGAAGACAAAGUGUGAAAUCUUCAAACAAAAACAAAACAACAUUCAGGUCGCGAUCGUUCAUUGUGCCGUCGCCUACAUUGGAACAUCAUAUUGAGAUUGACAGCCCUGAUGAGACGGCUGCGGCAAGUGUUACGUCAGGCAGUUUUGACAGUUCGCCUCACUCAGGGCCGUCCAGGUCUGCGUCACUGCGGGCCUCGCGUGGUCUGGGCGCUCCCAGGGUAACAUUUAGCGAUGCCCACAACAUCACCAGACAAGCCUCGUUCCCCAGUGCGAGCUCGGAGCUGAGUCUACCCGUGGAUGAUUGGCCGUCAGACGGACUGAGGUCGUCUUUGUCAGCUCACAAGGGUAGUUACGACUCCACAGACGGCAGCACCCUGCUACUGGUAGAGCCAGAGAAGGAGCAGACGACGCAGAGUCUGUUGUUCUCUGCGCCUAGCUGUCAGAAGCCGCUGGAGCCCAACAUUGACUUUGAACUGGACGUGAAGGUGUUGAUAAACAGCGGCAAGUGUGUGCUGCACACCAAAGACUCGACUAGGGAGGACGAACUCAAGAUGAUGAGCCGGAUGAAGAAGGAGAGGAGUUGCUCUGGAGGGAUGUUUGAGUUCCCAGCAGACGUGAGGGGAAGUCCCAACAUGAGUCGGAGGUCGCAGAAGGAGGGUCGUCACCACACCAGUGCCAAACUGAGACAUCUCGCACCAGCCAACAUGAGCAGUCUGGCACAGCUGGUGGACCUCACCAUCUUCCAUAUACCUGGGCUUGAUGUUAAGGUUCACUAUGAGUCCAAGACUCUGGUGGAGGACGAGGAGUGUGGAGGCCGCAGAGCUGCGGCUGGCACCAAAAAAGCAAGUUUGUUUGCCUGGACUACUCUCCAGAGUAUCCCGGAAGAGACAAUCAUCUCACCCCACAUCCUGGAGUUCCUGGAGCAGACUCUGGAACCAAUCCCAGAGACCAAGAGUCCCUUCACAUCUCCUGGCCCAGUCAACAUGUUCAACAUGAGGGAUGACUCGGGGCCAGGGGCUUGGGUAAAUGCUGCAGGUAAUCAGUACGCUUACGCCUCGUUCCCCGUCGACGUCAUCGUGUAUUUCCACAUGCAGCCGUCGACUUUCCGCUUCUCCUGCUUGCCCGUGUCCCGUGUAGAGUGUAUGCUGCAACUGCCGUCGCUGGAUAUCGUCUUUUCCUCAAAACGAGCGGAAACUGACUCUUCAGGGUUUGGGGCUGGGUCGGCCGCUCAGUCUGCCAUUGGAGGACUUAGCGUGACUGGUUGUUUGGCAGACUUCUCCGUCUACAUAUUCCAUCCUUACGGUGGAAAGAAGUCAGGUCUAAAAGAGGCGCAGUGGUCUCCCCUGGCUGACAGUGAGCGGAAAGACUCGCUCAGUGUCAACGUAGAGUUCGUCAAGUUCCAUUUGUCUCGUAGUCGCAAGCUGAACAUUGACAACAAGAGCUCCAAGUCUCCCGGACCAGACCAGAGCCAGGCCAUCAUCAGGUUCUCAACUAUCAUAGACAUCGGCUCGGCCUCCUUCAAGUACGACAUGCGCAGGUUGACAGAGAUCCUGGCGUUCCCCAAGGCUUGGUACAGACGCAGUAUCGUGCGAAGACUGUUCCUGGGAGACUUCACCACCACUGCUGUGUACAGCGAAGAGGACAGCUCUCCUGAUCAGGACAUUGAUGUUGAGAUCAGUGAGAGCAGUCCCAUGCUUGGUCCCAACAGAGAAAAACUACGACUCAACCUGGAGUCAGACCUGGCAAGACAUGCUCGCCUUAGAUCUGAUCACAACAAGAGAGGGUCCAGUUCAGGCAGUCCGAGCCCUACAGAGACUAAGACCAGCACUUCUACCUGGGAAACUUUGGUGUUGUUUGCGGUCAACUUCAAGAGGCUCAACGUGCACAUGAACAUGGGCAACGUUAUGGGGAAUGUCAUGUGGCUGACUAAGAACUUCAGGUCAGAAGGGCGGCUGUCCAUCGGUAGCACAGGACAUAAGAACAUGUUCAUUGGUCUGGGUCUGGGCGGCUCAAGUCUGGAGGCCAAGGGUGGCAUUGUGGGCGGCACCAUUGAGCUCAGCAAAAUAGAUACAUUCAUUUUGAUCAAGGAGGACCCUGGCACAGAGCCUGACCACACUGUGGGACUGAACCUGUUUGCUCUGGAGCUGCGGCUGGACUACAUGGGUACCGGAGUGUUGAUGUGUAGAGUCAGUUCACUGGUAGUGUCACUACGGGACGAGUGGAAGAUGACGAGUCGCAAGUCCAGCAUCGAUGCCUUCAAUCCAACCCGCAGGCCAGCAAUGAUCUUCAUGCACGGAGACAUGGGUUGGGACCAGCUGCAACUGAUGAUCUCGAAAUCCACAACUGUGGACCUGCUCAAGAUGUACUACAAACUAGACGAGUUCUUUUCUCAACAGUUCAAGAGCAGCAAACGAGUGUUCUCCGCGCUCGGCAGCUCAGCGUCCGGCAACAACGGCAGCUUCCGCAAACGGCUGCAUUCGAGGAGCAAGAAGAACGGUGAGAGACUGCCAGAGAGUAUGAGCGGCGCAGGCAGUGCGUGGGCUCCGCAGGACGCUCGACAUCACCGGCACUGGCAGCGUGUGUUGGCGCAAGUGGCUGGUCUGCACCUGUCUACCGUGCGGCAGCCGCUGCCUCCGUCUGGCACCGUGCUGGGCGGCACCAUGGAGCUGCACGGACACAACAUCUCUCUGGCGUGCUUCCACGGAAUAAACUUUAGGUCCAAGUCCUGGGCGUUGUUUUCACUCAAAGAGCCGUGCAUCUCGUUCGCCACUGAGGCCCAGGAAGUCUACACCAAUGAGAAAACCGAGGCACUAGACGUACACAUUGUACAGACGCUGACGUUCAGCCUAGGUCUGACCGGGGAACAGCCUCAUGCUCCAGAACACCACAGUAUGGCUACGGUGUGUAAAGUGUCCCGCAACAUGCUGUUCCCACCGCAGUUCCGCACACUGCAGGAGUGGUUCCAUUACGCGUUCUCCUGCAGCGAGAUUGACGAGAUAGACAGGUUCCCCAGUGUGGAGCGUGAGAGAGCCGAGAGCGAGGGAGGUACAGUCCGCUCUAGAACACCCAAGCAGGACAAUAACCACACCAGGGAGGUCAUCUUUGCACUUCCUUCACUGCAGCUGCACCUCAAGACGGAGCAUUGGCAGGCGGCUCUCACGCCAGAGCCUUCCGACGAUAAACCAAUGGUGGAAUGCAGUUUCGUGACAGAGUUUGAGGACCACAUUUUCGUCACUGUUGAUGCCGAAGCAUUCUUCUUCCUACAUGAUCUCAUAACUUCGUACAUCAGAGAAAAAGACAGAGUGCAGAUGGGAUACCCUGGUGCUCGUGCUCAGAGUCCUGAGUUGGCCGAGAGACAGUCGAGACGCAGUGAGAGCCGAGAGGUAGGGACGAGCGAAGGAGCAGCCGGAGACGGACGCGCUACACCUACACCUGGCCCCUCCGACGAGGAGAAGAAGCAGAAGAGUUUUGAACACGCGGAAGUCACAGGGUACACCAAGGACUGGCGCGAUUACCACUGCAAGACCUGGCAUCUGGAACCUACUGUCAGAUUGCUGUCAUGGGGUGGCAAGAGUAUAGAGCCGUACGGAGUAGACUACAUUCUGCAGAAGCUGGGAUUCUCUCACGCUCGCACCACCAUACCUAAGUGGAUGCAACGAGGGUUUAUGGAUCCCCUUGAUAAGGUGUUGGCUAUUCUAGUCCUGAGGAUGGUGCAGAUUGUCAGGGAAGAUCCCAAGAUUGCGGAACACAUGAGGCAACGCAGAUAAUCAGUUUAUACUAAACAUUCCUUUGUGCAGGUGUCGUUACCUUUAGUCCAUUAGUAACUGAGUACACUUCAGGUUGGUUUGAGAGUUUUAAAGUGAUCACUAUAUAUUCAGUCACAGUUUUAGUUUUUGAAUUGAGUUAGUAUAUUGCCAAAAAGGUUUUAACAGUUUUAUUAAGUUUUCUAUUUUCAAAUUUCAAAAUUUACGUGUUGUAUGUUUAAGAAUUUUAAUUUUUAAGUGUACCUGAAUUACAUGCAUCACGUUAGGUUAAAUUUAAAUUGUGAAUAGAAAGUUUAAUUAAAAUUUAAUUUUGAGUUCUUUUAGAUUGGAAAAUAAAUAUGACUGAAAUUAGGCCAUUUGGAUUAGCUCAAGUAAUUGAGACUUUUAGUUAAGAGUUUGGAAUGUUAGGACGUGAUAAGUUAGACAUCAUAUUUUCAGAGUCGCUGAACCCCUGAUUUUAGUGAUUUAGUAAUACACCCUCCGAUAUUGAUACUGUACAGCCCUUAAUAUAGGAAUUAGACGUGUCUAAACAUUAAGACCUUUGUAUUUAUUUUAUUUAUUGCCAUUUUAACCAUAUGCCUUUUGAUUUAGUCAUCCUUAUAGUAUGAGCUUUUGUAUGGUUCUAAAUGGUCUGCUUGUUGGCUAAUUUAAAAAAAAACAUGGUUUUUGGAUCAAUAGUAGAAAAACAUUCUGUGAUUUAAGAGGCAGUCUAUAAAAACUUUAUUUAGUGAAGUCAAACAAGAAUUUUCUAAUAAGUUAUUGCAUAGUAGGAAAAAGUUAGGUGAGGAUACAAUAAAGUCAGAUUUUGUACAUAUCUUUAACAAAAAUCUAUUUAAAAAUUAAUUUGAAAUGUUUGAUUUGAUUCACAAAAAUCUUAAUAUAUGAAACUACUUUAUCCAUAACAGUUUAGUUUUGAAUUUAGUUUUGAAGUAAGAAAGAGAAAAGACAUUGUGAUAGGUUUGAAGGUUUGACGUAAAAAAAUCAAUUAAAAAAAAACAGCAGCUGUGGGAGGGUUGAUUUAAUUUGUAACUUUAAAAUUAUCGACUUCUGGACCCUUUCCAAGCAUUUAUGACUGUUGAGUUUUUAUAUGUCUUUAUGAAAUUAGUUUGACAUAGUUGUUGUUCCAUAUUGUUUAGUUUUGUGGGCUACAUAUUUGGUUAGAGCCAAUAACAAUUGAAUGCUAAACAUUUAAGGCCAGCUUUGAAUGUCUAUUACAAGUAUUAUUGUUACUGCUCAAAUUUAAUAUUGUUUAAUAUGUUGAUGUGUAUAUUUUACCCAAAAUGCUUGUAUACUCUAGUCAGCAUGCUAUAUUUUGUUAACAUGGGCUCAUGUUUUAUUGCUAUACUUUUAAAGCUAAAUGAUUGUUUAUAAUUUAAUUGUUUAUAUCGAUUCUAAGUAAUAAAUCUAUUUAUUUUAAAUAAAGGAA